AUGGCAGCUUGUAAAUUUGACAUGAAUUUUAUGUACGUCUUAGCAGGAUGGGAAGGUUCUGCAUCAGAUGCACAUGUUUUGCAAAGUGCUUUGACUCACUCACGCGAUCCUUUUGUAAUCCCCCGUGGUAAAUAUUACGUAGCAGGUGCUGGAUACACACAUUCUCCCAGUUUCAUGGCCCCAUAUCGUGGCAACAUUAUAGAAAGAUGCUUUGGAGUUUUGAAAGCUGGAUUCCCAAUCCUCAAGACAACUCUAGAAUAUCUCAUGUCCACUCAAGUGAAGAUAAUGCUUGCUUGUUGUAUAUUACACAACUUCAUAAAGAUGUCAGGAGAAGAUGACAUGGUUGAGUUCGACAGAUCGUCGACUAGUGGUGCUGAUACUGUAACCCCUUCACUUAUAGAAGUUUCUAUAGUUGAUGAAGGUCGUGUGCUUCUGAAUGUCACCCCACAUGAAAGAAAUGAGUAG